GGGAACAAACUGCCCGCGGCUCCAGCUGCUCCAACUAUAAGAGCUGCUCGACAAUCUGCUGGGAUCAUUGGCUUUGGCGGAGGAGAGGCAUCGUUGUGGAGUCCGAGACAGGUGACUGUGCCCCCGACUAACCCAGCCAUGGCUCUUCAACUCUACCUCGACCUGAACUCGCAGCCCUGCCGCUCCGUCUACAUCUUCGCCAAGAAAAAUAACAUCGCCUUCGAAUUCAAGGCAGUGAGCCUGGCAGAAGGCCAACAAUACAGUGAGGAAUUUGAAAAAGUCAACCUGCUGAAACGAGUGCCAGCUCUGAAGGAUGGAGACUUCACAUUGGCAGAGAGUGUGGCCAUUCUGAAAUACCUGGCUGGUAAAUACAAGACCCCCGACCACUGGUACCCCGCCAACCUCCAGCAAAGGGCUCGUGUGGAUGAAUAUCUCGCCUGGCAGCACACAGCCAUAAGGUUCCACGGAUCAAAGCUCUACAUGUUCAAGGGCUUGCUGCCCCUGUUAACCGGGCAGCCCAUUCCCACAGACAAGGUGGACGAGGCUGUGAGUGAUCUGCAGGCAUCCAUUUGCUUGUUCGAAGACAAGUUUCUCAAAGACAAGUUCAUCGCCGGGCAUGAGGUGUCGCUGGCAGAUCUGGUGGCCAUCGUGGAGCUGAUGCAGCCUCUCGGCGUGGGAUUCGAUCCGUUCAAAGAUCGACCAAAGCUCAGUAGCUGGCGUGACAGAGUCGAGGCAGCCCUGGGCAAAGAGUUACUCGACGAGGCACACGAGAAGAUGCUGAAGAGAUCAGGAAGUUUAAGUCAUUUGGAUGUUAACUCUCCUGCAAUGCAACGCUUCACAUUAGGUCUGAAAAAAACAUACAUGUGGUGGAGGACACCAAGUGGCUGCAAGAGUACCUGCUGACGGUAACUUCACCAGCAAGGAGCAUCAAGUCUACUCCACCAUUCAAUCAUGGCUGAUCUAUCUCUCCCUCCUAACUCUCUUCUCCCCAUAAGCCCUAACAUCCAUGCUAAUCAAGAGUCUAUCUAUCUCUGCCUUAGAAACUUCCAUUCCGUGGCAAAGAAUUCCUCUGAUUCACCACCCUCUGACUAAAGAAAUUCCUCCUCAUCUCCUUCCUAAAGGAACGUCCUUUAAUUCUGAGGCUCUGACCUCUAGUCCUAGACUCUCCCACUGGUGGAAACAUCCCCUCCACAUCCACUCUAUUCAAGCCUUUCACUACUCGGUAUGUGUCACUGAGGUCCCUACCUCGUUCUUCUAAACUCCAGCGAGUACAGGCCCAGUGCCAUCAAACGCUCCUCAUAUGUUAACCCACUAAUUCCUGGGAUCAUUCUUGUAAACCUCUGGGCCCUCUCCAGAGCCAGCACAUCUUUCCUCAGAUAUGGUGCCCAAAAUUGCUCACAAUAUUCCAAAUACGGACUGACCAGUGCCUUAUAAAUCCUCAGCAUUACAUCCCUGUUUUUUUUAUUCUAGCCCUCUUGAAAUAAAGGCUAGCGUUGCGUUUGCUUUCUGCAAUUUCCUGUAAUUAAAUAAAAUGCUAGAAGUUCCUGCA